AUGUAUGUCGAGCUUUUUCAAGAAAUGAUGUGCGUUGUGCUCGAAAAUGAAAGGCAUUUGUUUACUGCACGCGAGUUGGCGUGUCUAACAAAAUUUUUUGAGAUACCAUACAAUGCCCAAUAUCUUUUUGUGCGUUUAUUGCAACGAAAAAAGGGCCAAUGGUACCGGAUUGAUAAAUUGGAGUAUGCUAGUGAUAUCGGUGACGUGGCUUCGGCGGCACGUACUCUUAGUACGCCACUCAGCACUCCGAGCAUGUCAACACAAGCAGCUUCUUUGUCCGACACACUGGAUCAGACGGUACCUGAAAAAGAGUUAGAUCGCUUCGCGAUCAUGGACCGUGAUAUGGAGGGAGGUAUCAGGUCGCGCCUUGAUCUCUUGACUGUCAAUGAGCUGAAGUCGCUCGCCAAAAGGCUCGGAAAAAAACGUGUUGGUAAUCGAUCUGAUAUUAUUGCAAACUUGUUAGCCAAGCCAACAAAUGCAGUCCUAUGCAGUGCAUCUGCAUCGCGCACUCUGUCGAUCUGCACAAAACCCACGUAUGAAAGACUUGAAUCUGAACUAAACGCUAUGAUGCAUGGCGGUUGUAUAUGUUUACAUCCGGUUGUCUUUGAGCUUAUGGAAAGAUUGGCAUUCGUUUACUACCGCGGUAAACCGGUGUUAGGUACCAUGCUAACUUCAGCGGUUCUUGCGCGAACAAACAAGUUCGUGUUUCCAUCUUAUAUAUAUGCGCGUCAGUCGCAGCUGUUUCCGACACGCUCCGAUCUCUUGCUAUAUGAGCAAGCAAUUCAAUGGGCCGAGUACGCGGAUAUGCUGGUGGAUCAGAUGCGGACCCAAGUAGAUGCAGCCAAGACAUGUGUGACGUUGCUGGACACAUGCGAGCCUGCAUGGAUGACUGCGCUGCGUCAGAUUCAAAAUAAAUACCCCAAUGGCAUUCAGCGUGAGCAUUACCCGCUAUUGCGGUUCCAUCAAGGAUGGGCACUUACACGUGUCUUGUUUAAGGCAUGCGAGUGUCUUGCAAGACUGGGACACUAUCAGCGUGAAAUGGAUAUAUGCAAGCGGCUCCUAACUCAACGCUUUUUUUGGCGCGAUCGUCGAGGUGCAUGGCAUGAGCGGCUCAUCUUGUUAACAGGUCGCCACAAGUCUAAAGCGGAGGCAUUAGCAUUGUGCCAUAAAGCACUUUUGGAUCCAGAUACACACUUGCUUUACAUGUUUCGGCUUCAGCGACGAGUUGUGCGUCUUGAGUCUCAACUGAAAAUACCACUUAAAAAUCGCCAUUUGUUCGCACGAUCUCAUUGUGAGCCAAAUGUCGUUUGUUUCGAGGGUCUACGAGUAAAUGGACAUAUUGUGCGGCCCAAAGGCGCGCUAAGACAAACAGUAUUAUGCAAAAAUGGGACGAUCCCUGCCCCCUUGCCGGCACGAGUGUCAACAUUUGCAUCACCUGAUUACAAAACAGAUGCCUGUAAGGUUGGACAACGCACGCGAUGGCAGGGAGCAAAUGGGGCAAAUUGCACCGUCGAGCAGUUUUGUCUAGAACAAUACGCUAUGCAAGGUUUUCGCGGGUAUCACAGUGAAGGGGGAAUCAUAAAGUUUUUGUUCGUAUUGUUAAUGUGGGAUGUGCUUUUCCUUCCGAUCCCAGGGGCAUUCGAGACACCAUACCAGCGAGCACCAAUGGAUCUCGGGACAGAUGUAUUUGUGAUAGCACGUCAAAAUGCUAUCGAGAAACAGUUACAAUGCAUUCGUGAUACUGGGGGGCUUGAUAUAAUACAACGUGUCGAUUCACGCGAGAGACCACAGAAAACGUAUGCCAUGGGUUGUCGUUGGGAUGAGUUUUCCUUGCCAACCCUUCUCGAAAUCGCCGAGUGCCUUGGCGGCGCAAGACUUUCUACCCUGUGUCAUGUUUUAUGCAAUAAUGGAGCGAAUACGAGCGGGUUUCCAGACCUUACACUUUGGCGGUAUGAAGACAAGCAAAUUCGGAUGGCUGAAGUGAAAAGUCCAAAAGAUCGACUGAAUGAAUCACAAAGGGUCUGGAUCGAUGCGUUACUGAGUGCGGGAAUCUGUGUGGAUUUGGCCAAAGUGCAGAUCAUUGAGCAUGACCCUCGAGACAAAGAAGCAGCUUGUGUUCCCGAUAAGCCAGAAUAG